AACACAGCGCUCUCUCCCUUACCGUCUGGGCAUCUCCGCCAUCAUCCUCACCUCCUCAUCUCUCUCUCUCUCAUUUCGAUCCUCUUUCUCUUCCGAGCUCCUUCCAUUACUCUCUAUCCAUCUUGAUUAUCGAGGAACUCUACUCUUGCGGCGAAACCCUAAGGCCGUCUAUCUCUUUCUCACUUGUCUUCAAAGAGUUCUGGAGAAGUCUGCUGCUGCUUUGCCUCCCUGUAAUGCUAGGCAUCGUUGUCACGUCGCUGGAAGAUCGGUGUACGAGUAGUGCUGAGACUUGAGCAUUCGAUCGUAAGGGGGUCGAUCCUUCUGGGAGAUUGGAAAGGAUUGCUGGGAAUUUAAUGCUGGUGUGAUUUGCAUGGGGAAAUAAUGCCAGAGCUUCGAAGUGGAGCCAGGCAAGCUAGGUUGAAGUCCAAGAAAGCUGAAGAUAUUCCAAUUCAACCCCAGCCCUUUGAGCAAGCUGAAAAUUGGGUUUUACCUGCUCCCAAUAGAACAGGAAGGAGAAGUGUUGGAAGAGGAAGGGGCUCCAAUGCUGCAGCAGUAGUCAAGGGACCUUCAGCUGCACCUGUCAGGCCAGGAGUUGGUGGUAGGGGCAGAGGUAUCAGGCUAAUAGACCUAGAUCCAGAUCAGCCUUGUGAGGUUUUUCCACGAGGUGCUGUGGGCGGAGCUGUUGGUGCUGCCCAAGAGCUUGCGUUGAACCAAGCUGUAGAAGGAGUUGCUGAAAAAGAUUUUGUGAUGGAAGGUGGAAGCGCUGAUAAAUUGGUGGGGGCUGAAGAUGAAUCCACUGCAGCUCCUGUGCCUGAGCGAGUACAAGUUGGGAACUCUCCAGUAUACAAAAUAGAAAGGAAGUUGGGCAAAGGAGGAUUUGGCCAGGUUUAUGUUGGUCGAAGAAUAUCUGGUGGGAUAGAAAGAACAGGACCAGAUGCCUUUGAGGUAGCCUUGAAGUUUGAGCAUCGUAAUAGUAAAGGCUGCAGUUUUGGCCCUCCAUAUGAGUGGCAAGUCUAUAAUAAUCUCAAUGGAUGUUAUGGCAUACCAUGGGUUCAUUAUAAGGGCCGUCAAGGAGAUUACUAUAUUUUGGUUAUGGAUAUGCUUGGGCCUAGUCUCUGGGAUGUGUGGAACUCCGUUGGCCAAGCGAUGUCACCAAAUAUGGUUGCUUGCAUUGCUGUUGAAGCCGUAUCCAUCCUCGAGAAACUUCACCAGAAAGGGUUUGUACAUGGAGAUGUCAAACCAGAGAACUUUUUGCUUGGCCAACCUGGAACAGCUGAUGAGAAGAAGCUUUUUCUUAUUGACCUUGGUUUGGCAUCAAAAUGGAAGGAAACAUCAUCUGGCCAGCAUGUUGAGUAUGAUCAAAAGCCAGAUGUUUUCAGGGGGACAAUAAGAUAUGCAAGUGUUCAUGCCCAUUUAGGUCGCACAGGAAGUAGGAGGGAUGAUCUAGAGUCUUUGGCCUACACACUGAUAUUCCUCAUCAGGGGAAGGUUACCCUGGCAAGGUUAUCAGGGAGACAACAAGAGUUUUCUUGUUUGUAAGAAGAAGAUGGCAACCUCUCCUGAGCUUUUAUGUUGCUUUUGUCCAUCUCCGUUUAAGCAGUUCCUCGAGAUGGUGACUAAUAUGAAGUUUGAUGAAGAGCCAAACUAUGCAAAACUUAUUUCUCUUUUUGAAGGUUUGAUCGAACCAUGUGUUCCACUGAGGCCAAUCCGAAUUGAUGGAGCCUUAAAGGUUGGACAAAAACGGGGCAGGUUGCUGGUAAAUCUUGAAGAGGAUGACCAGCCAAAGAAGAAAAUACGAUUAGGAAGUCCAGCAACCCAGUGGAUUUCAGUUUAUAAUGCAAGGAGACCCAUGAAGCAGAGGUAUCACUACAAUGUUGCUGAUGCAAGGCUUCAUCAACAUGUAGAAAAGGGUAAUGAAGACGGCCUCCAUAUAAGCUGCGUGGCUUCUGCUGCAAAUCUCUGGGCACUUAUCAUGGACGCAGGAACGGGUUUCUGUUCCCAGGUUUAUGAAUUGUCACCUGUGUUCCUGCAUAAGGAUUGGAUCAUGGAACAAUGGGAGAAGAAUUAUUAUAUCAGUGCAAUUGCUGGUUCAAAUAAUGGUAGUUCAUUGGUCGUUAUGUCCAAAGGAACACCAUACACUCAACAGUCUUAUAAAGUGAGCGAGUCCUUCCCUUUUAAGUGGAUCAACAAGAAGUGGAAAGAAGGUUUCCAUGUUACUUCCAUGACUACUGCGGGCAGCCGUUGGGGCGUAGUGAUGUCUAGGAACUCUGGCUUUUCGGAACAGGUUGUGGAGUUAGAUUUUCUUUAUCCAAGUGAAGGAAUUCAUCGUAGAUGGGAGAAUGGAUAUAGGAUAACAUCAACUGCAGCCACCUCAGAUCAGGCUGCUUUUAUUUUAAGCAUUCCAAAACGGAAAAUGUUAGAUGAGACCCAAGAAACUCUUCGAACCUCUGCCUUCCCUAGCAAUCAUGUAAAGGAAAAAUGGGCAAAGAAUCUCUACAUUGCUUCUAUUUGCUACGGCCGGACUGUCUGCUGAAACUGAGACUGGAUUCUUCUUCUUCUUUAUUUCUAAAGGUUAGGUGGAAA